AUGGAUUCAGGAUCCAAACAACCCGUAUUACCUCUGCUUAGAGACACCGUCAACCUCAAUAACGCACUCGAGGGCGACGAUACGGAGGAAUUCCUUUCAUUCAUCGAAGCCCACAGGGAGGACAUCGAAGCUCUCCUUUGCCGGCAGCUCGAUGUUCCCUACUGUAGGCUUGGAAGGAGGGAAAUGUGGAAGACGGGGAGCUUUAACAUCGUCAUCCCGGCAUUUCCCAACUCUCCUCCCGAUGAAGUGCUUCCGGGAAUGAUUUACAUUCGCUUUUCUCUGCCCUACAAGAUUAGCGAGGAAGAAGAGCCGGGGAAUGUCGACGAGAAAGUCCGCUCCGAAGCUGCAACGUAUAUCUGGCUGCAAGAAAACUGCCCAGAUGUGCCAAUCCCGUCACUUUUGGGCUUUGGGCUUCCUGGCGGCCAAUGUACCGACCCGUCGCAGCUUACAGGAUCCCAAGCCGCUCGGGUUGGGGUAUCUAAUUUUGAGCAAGGUCGAAGGGAGCCAUUGCACGUAACCUGGGAAAAGUACCGGCACGGCGCCCAGUACAGGGCCAAUCCGUUCCGGCAUCUCUGUCGCAUUUUGCUGUCAAUGAACGCAUUGCCCUUUCUCGCAUUGGCUCGCCGACAAUUGACUCUCAAGGUCUCAUCACUCGCCAACCGGCCUCUCACUCUAUACUUCCACAUGACGUACGGCUCCAUUGAGCCGUACAUUUUUGAUCUCCUUCGAUUACAGGACUCCAAACUCCUGCACCAGCCAAACGCCAUCCACAACAAGGCCGAUGGAGAGAUACAGGCGGCCGCCCUUACCGGUCUUUGUGCUAGCAUGCACCAUUUCCUUCAGCACGAAUACUGCGAUGGACCCUCCUUCAUGACCCUGACAGAGAUGCACCAGACAUGCUCUCAGCUUGUCCAGAUGCAACUUCCCCCAUACUGGUUGUCGUCGAGAGCUUCUUUGAUCGACCAAUAUGUGGACAUAUACGAGGGCAAGGAGACUAAGCGUAACGGGUCUCUCCUCCAGGCCCCCAUCAUGCGGCGAGCUUGGGACAGCGGGAGCUAUUGGUUUUUCCAUGCCGUUACUGUCCCGAAGGGUAUGUACAACAUCUUCCAGAUGCACAUCCGACCGCUCUUCGAGGGCGAGCGAGGCAAGGAAAACAUGCCAGGUUUUGACAAGUUUUGGCCGUACUGGGCUCCGAAUGCGAAGGAGAUGAUUGAGAAGAUGAUCAGGGACUAG